UCCUUGCGAUUCUGGCCUAAGAACCCUCGCGAUGAAGUGCGUGUUUGUUACUGUGGGGACCACCAGCUUUGACGACCUCAUUGCUUGUGUAUUGGCGCGCGACUGUCUGCAAACCAUCAAGAGCCUUGGUUACAACCGACUCGUCCUACAAAUAGGCAGAGGAAAGGUCGUACCUGAACCAUUCAGUACUGAGUCAUUUACUCUGGAUGUUUACAGGUACAAGGAUUCAUUGAAAGAAGACCUUGAGAAAGCAGAUCUUGUUAUUAGUCACGCAGGUGCAGGAAGCUGUUUGGAGACUCUGGAAAAAAGAAAGCCUCUUGUAGUGGUUAUAAAUGAAAAAUUGAUGAAUAAUCAUCAGCUGGAAUUGGCAAAGCAGCUGCACAAAGACGGGCAUCUCUUCUACUGUACCUGCAGCACGCUUCCUGGGCUGUUACAGUCAAUGGACUUAUCAACACUGAAAUGUUUUCCUCCUGGCCAGCCAGAAAAAUUUUCUGCAUUUUUGGAUAAAGUUGUUGGAUUACAAAAAUAAAUACUAAACUCUCAACACUUUAAAAACAUCCCCCCAAAUCCAACCUAUGGAAUGUGGUUUAAUCAAAUUAAAUACAUAAUGUAUAUUUGCAGAGUAAUAUAAAUUGAUAAACUUCUUACAUCUAUAGAAUGUUAGAAAAUUUUAUGAUGUGAAUAUAAACAUUUGGGUUCAAAUAAUAAUUACAGUUUAGUAAAUUUAUUAGAUUUCUCCCCUUAUCUUUCUUUUUUAGUAUUAGAAGUAUGUAGUGAACAUUUACAGGUUUUAUCCUGGAAUCCCAAGUGGAAUUGGAAUCUUGAAUUAAAUUUGAAAACUUUGACAAGAAUCUCAAACCUAGUUAGUUUGAUUUUUCUUAGAGUAAGAAUGAAACAGGAACAAAUUUGUAAAAAGAAAAUUUGAGAGUCAGCAUCUUUAGCUUCAUAAUCCAAGGAACCAAAUUUUAAAAAACAAAAAUAGUGGAUUAUGUUCUGUGAAAUAAAAAGCUCAAUGAUUACUUUAAAAUGAUGAACUGUCAAGUCAGUUGAUCCACUGCACUUGGAGAAACAGAAACUACUUUUAUCCUGAAGAUUAGAUUGGAGUGGAUGUGUUCACUUUUUUCCUGUAAAAUAUAGUGACAAAAUAAUCUUGCCCAAUGUCAGAACUUUACUGGUUUGAACAGAGUAAACCAAAAGGACUUAAGCCAAUAGGAUUUGCUGUUUUUCUAAAGAAACCUCUCACAGUGGUAUUGAAACAUUUACUGUAACAUCAUAGAAGAACUUGUAAUUUAUGUACUUCUUAGUUUUACAAAUAAAUGAUGUGUGUGGCCUAAAUAUAUGGUUUUACAAUUCACAUAACUCAUAGUGUGGGGCAAAAGUAGGUUUACAGUUGUGAGUAUGGGAGUUUAUUUUU